AUGAUGCUGUGGCCCCCGCGACUCUGCAGAGCGCCUUGGCUCCUCGCGUUCUGCCUCCUGAUGCAGGUGCAUCUCCCUGCGGCGGCUGCCCCCCUUUCCCUGAGGGGCGAGGAGGAGGCCCCCCCAGGCCGCGCUUUCCCCAAGGGGGCCAGCGCUCCGGGCAGCGAGAUCCAGGUGCGUCCGCUGCAAGAGGCCGAGCCGAGCACGGCAGUGCAGAAGGAGGACAGUGGCGAUGCGGACCUCUUCCAAGACCUGGACCCCAAGACCUUGGCUGCGAUCCUCCUGCAGGCCCUUCAGCCAGCACCCAAGAAGUCCGCCUCUGAGCCUCUGAGCCCCGAGCCCAGCCCCAGUGAGGAGAGGGUCCGGAGCGAGAGCAGGAGCUCUGAGGAGCGGCCAGCCGAGGAGCAGGAGGGCUGGAGAGCCGGCAAAGACCAGCGCCCUCCGCAGGAGGAGCAGGAGAACAGGGGCCCCGAAGAAAGCGACCUCGGCCAGCAAGAGCUGGAGACUUUGCAGUCCAUGCUGAACGAGCUGCAGCGCUACAGCCCGGCCACCAAGAGAGAGGCGCCCGCCCAGGCCUACCAGAAAAAGCCCCAGGAGAGCCCCCACGACGAGGUGCUCCAGGAGCUGGAAGAGUACGCGCAGCUGAAGGUGAGCUCCAAGCGGAAGGCCCCCGCUGCCAGCGAGCCCUGGGCAGGCGCCCGGAAGCUGAGGCAGCAGCAGCACCUGGAGCACCAGCUCCUGCAGCGGCGCUACGAAGAGCUGGCCGAGAGCAGGAGGCAGGCGGAAGAGGCCCGCCGGGCCGCGGCAGAGGAGGAGCGGCUGGCAGACAUGGCCUCAGACCUGCUCCUCCAGUACCUGCUGAAGGACGGGGAGGAGGAGGAGGAGGACGGGCAGCCAGGGGCCAACGCCCAGGAGGAGUCUGAGGAAGAGGGCCCCAGGGGGAGCCCCCUCCUCUUCGAGGACGAGGAAGGCAACGUGGCCGAGGACAAGCGCUCCAACGAGGCGCCUGAGGAGGAGGAGGAGGACGACGACGACAUCGACCCCAACACGAUCGACCGCCUCAUCGAGCUCUCCAGCAAGCUGCACCUGCCGGCGGACGACGUCAUCGACAUCAUCAACGAUGUUGAGAAGAAGAAGAAGGAGGAGGUGCCCGAGCUCAGUGGCAAGAGCAAGACGCCGGCGGCCCCGUCGCGCCACAAGCUGAAGAAGGCCCCACCCCAAGCCCCAAGGCCCCUGCCAAAGCCCUAUUACCCCCCUGCCCACCAGCCCUACCGCCACCUCCCCAAGCAGAGCGAGGCCUCGUGGAACGAAGUCCUGGAAGGCAGCGAGUACCCAGCCCCCAAGUGGUACCGAGCCAAGCCCGGCCACAGCCCCAGCAAGAUCUCCAACUACAUCAGUCCCCGGACUUUCCAGGCCCCGGUCUACCACCACCUCCGCCACCUGCCUGGCCCCAUGGUGCCACGAGGGGAAUCAUACGAUGCCGGCCAGGAGCACGACGAGGAACUGGAGAACUACAUCGAGAGUGUGCUGAUGAAGCAUCCCAAAGCGUUCCAGUGA